GGAUAAUAAAUUUCUCGAGAAUAAAAUAAAAAAAAAAUCUCUCUUUCACGAAACUCUUGGGCUACCCCUCUAUCCUUCUCCUUUGUUCUCUGCAGUUCGCGUUUUGAUUGUUCUUUCUCUUCCUUGGAAACCCUAGAUCCCUCUGUCUCCCGAUCUUCCCCGGCUCUCUCUCCUUCUUCCCGAUCGGCGGAGGCCCUUUCCUAAGUUUUUCUCGCUAGUUUCAGCAAGGGGAGGCGAAGAGCGACCGAUCGGAGUAAUAUGGACGAUAGCUGUGCUGUGUGUGCCGAUGCCUUGGAAUGGGUUGCCUACGGCGCCUGCGGCCAUCGCGACGUCUGCUCUACCUGCGUCGUUCGUCUUCGCUUCAUCUGCGAUGAUCGGCGGUGCUGCAUCUGCAAGGCGGAGUCCGAUGUCGUUUUUGUCACCAAGGCUCUGGGAGACUAUACAAGGAUGAUCAAUGACUUCGCAGUCCUUCCUUCUGAACCUAGGGAAGGCAGGAGCGGGUCGUAUUGGUACCAUGAGGAUACACAGGCGUUUUUUGAUGAUGUGGACCACUACAAGAUGAUCAAGGCAAUGUGCAGACUCUCGUGCAGUGUAUGUGACAACAUGGAGGAGGAGACGAAUGAUGGCACAAAGCGUCGCUCCAGGUUUAGGAACAUUGAACAGCUGAAGGGUCAUUUGUUUCACAAACAUAAGUUGUUUAUGUGCAGCCUAUGUUUGGAAGGGCGGAAGGUAUUUAUUUGUGAGCAGAAGUUGUAUAGCAGAUCACAGCUUAAUCAGCACAGCAGCACAGGGAACUCUGAGGUGGAUGGUAGUGAAAGUGAAAGAGGUGGCUUUAUGGGUCAUCCCCAAUGUGAAUUUUGCAAGUCAUCAUUCUAUGGUGAAAAUGAGUUAUACUCGCAUAUGUCUAGGGACCACUAUACCUGUCAUAUAUGCCAAAGGCAGCACCCUGGACAAUAUGAGUAUUACAGAAAUUACGAUGACCUAGAGAUGCACUUCCGCGGAGACCAUUUCCUUUGUGAGGAUGAGUCAUGUCUUGCCAAAAAGUUUGUUGUUUUUCAAAGUGAAUCUGAAAUGAAGAGGCAUAAUACCAUCGAACAUGCUGGGCGUAUGUCCCGUUCGAAGCGUAAUGCUGCUCUACAGAUACCAACCAGCUUCCGUUUUCAUCGUGAACAAGAUGCCCGUCGUGGAAGGGGCCGCCCAUCUCGGCGUGAUGAUUCUGAUAACCAACUUUCCAUGGCAAUUCAGGCAAGUCUGGAUACCUCUUACGCUGAUCCCCCAUUGCCGUCAUCUGGUACACAAACAGCAGCUGAUUCUGGAGAUGGUAUUUAUAUGGAUCCACUCAGUGAGCCUCUAGACUCAUUAACUCUAUCUGACUCAUCCACGCCUUCAAGAUAUCUUCAAGCAUUAGGGCACAGUAGGAAUGGUGCUCUGCAAGAGUCCGCCUUUCCUCCCCUUGCUACGGGCCCCAGCAGUAGUAGUAGCCAGCAGCAGAAGCCCACACAAGAACCAGAAGGUUUACCAAACAACACUAUGGCAGCACAUCUCAGACGCAAGAACAAAAAGGCAACUGUUGUCAACUCAGCCAAGGGAUGGGCUACAACCCGUGUGCCCCUCUCUGUUAGUGGUGGUUCAUCACAGUGGCCAGCGAUAAAUAAUAAUGUGCCAUCAAGCUCUCACAGUAUUUCUACUGCACCUCCUCCACUUUCAAGUCGUGCAAGUCCUUCCCCUGUUCGAGCACCCGUGUCAGUUGCUGGACAUAUCUCUGCUGGUAAUCUAGUGAGCACUAGUGGCAGAAUGAGUCAUUCUGCAUCAGCCCCAAGUCUUGCUGAGAGUACUAGGUUACUGAAAAAGCCCCCUGACUCGGAUUUCCCUCCAGUCUCCGCGGUGCAAGUACACAAAGCAGCCUCCAGUAGUCAGCAGCAGGCUGUGGUUAAAGCACCCUCCAGUAGUCAGCAGAAGGCUGUGGUUAAUGCUGGAGAUGUUCAAACUGCAAACAAAUCUCUGGUUGAGAAAAUUCGUGACGCCUUACAUCACGAUGAGGCAAUGUAUGCUUCUUUCAAAGAGAUUUCUGGUCAGUAUCGACAGGGCUCUGUCGACACUGAAGAGUACUUGGGAUAUGUGCAGCAGUAUGGGUUGUCUCAUCUUGUUCUCGAGUUAGCUAGACUUUGCCCUGAUCCCCAGAAGCAGAAGGAGCUGGUUGACACCUACAAUGCUGCUGCUAGUUUGGGAAGGAAUGGCCGCCAGGAAAAGGGUAAAGACUCUACUAAAAAGGGCAAGGGAAUAUCUUCAGAAGGCAGCAACAGCAGCAGCAGCUCAAGGGAUAAAUUAGCCGAUAACAUUAUGAACACGGUUCGGACACUGCAGUCACAACAACAGAAACCUGUGGCAGAAGAGCUGGUCGAGGUGUUAUCCAAGGAUGGUUAUCGGAACUCUAAAGGAAAGUCUAGUUCGACUGUUGAUAAUUGGGAAUCAGGCGGUCAGCAACGGUCCACUUCAUCUGGCGAUGGAAAUAUGAAAAAGAAGAAAACUUCAAAGUUCCAUAGGGCGAGGCUGGGCGAUGGGUCAAUGGAGGUGAUCUUAGGCAAGAAGAAUUCCGACCAUGACCUGGGUCCUGGUUUAGUAGGCGAAGCAUCUUCAGAUGAUGCCGCUGGAGGGGUGCCUGUGCGCGGGGUUUGGAGGAAAGGUGGGAGCAAGAACCUCUUUACAUAGAUACAGUCGGUGGAGGAUACCAGAUUGAUAACCUUUGAAUGGAGAAGUUAAAUGCACAGAUGUGUUUAUUGGGUUGUGAAUGAAUCGUUUUGUAGAUGCCUGAUCAGACUGCAGAGGUGAGCAAAUUUUGCGCUUGUUUAUUGCCAAGUAUGAUGAUGGCUGAGUUGAGAUGAUAGUGGCUGUUUUCUGUUUUAGAUUGAAUUCUGGUUGUAGUGAAUCAGUUGUUGGGGAGUUGAUGACAAAUGUUGAUAGAAUUUGACAUGUUGAAGAGGAACACAGUUUUCUUUCUUCCGUUCUUAUUAGUUAUUUUUGCUUAAAAUCUUUUUUCUCACUA